GAUAUCAAUUUUGAAAAAUAGGAAAAUUAUUACAAGCGGUAGGGUUGGCGCCUUCGAAACUUAGCUCUCACUCUCACUUCCAUUUUCUCACAUUUCUUCUUCUUCUCGCUCUCUACCAUGGCUUCUUCCACCGAACAAUCUCUUCUCUCGAAGCUUGAAUCCUCCGAUUCCACUGGCAUCUACGCCUUAGUCUCUGAAUAUCUUCGUCCUUUCUCCAACAUCAAAUCCUCUUCUUCCACCAACAACGUAACCCUAAUUCGACAAUUAACCAAACAAUUUUUCCAUUUCAUCAAAAAAUCCGUCUCAAUUCUACCUAAACGCAUUCCAGAGCUUUUCAAUUCAGAAAUCCCCAAUUCAAACUAUGCAUUAAUCACCGAAUUGUGUAAAACCUACCUUCUCUGUUUUGAUUGUUUAGAAAUCAUUUCUUCGGAACUUGAUUCGAAACCGUUACAGAUCCAUUUCUCGAGAAUGAGAAUGAUUCGUUGCUUUGAGUCUUGUGAUCGGUUUCAAGAGGCGGAAGUUGAAGGGUUUAAGCUUUUAGAGAAGCUUAACGGAGGGAAAAGGAAGGGGAAGAAGAUUCUUCCUGAAGUUGGAAAUAGUGGUGGUGGUGAUAAUGAAGAUUUUUGUGAGUUGGUUGUUGAAAUUGCUUUCUCGUUAUUGAAGUGUGCAGCAUCAAUGGCUCCGGAUAAAGACGAUGAUUACCUUAGAAGAGUGCUUUGUUUGAUCGAUGAAGUUAAGCCAUGGCUUAGGGGAUUGGAUUCCGAUUCGUAUGAGAAGUAUCACAAUCCGAUAGUAUAUAACUUGGGUAUAUGUGCUUUAAAUUUACUUGAGAAGAAGGUGUCAUCCUCUGAUAAAGAUUUGUUGAUCACUUUCUGCCGAACAACAUUGGUUGAGUAUGCUAACUCUUCAAUUAAAGAUAGAUUGUUCAAGGUUGCCCAAAAUAUGUGCUCCGUAUUUUUCAAGCUGGAGGAGGAUGAGUUCUUGUAUAUCAUGGAUAUACUGGAUUGUGUUGCUCGUGAAAGCAAGGUUGAAGAGGGAAAUGCUGGAAUAAAAUUUGUGCAACUUGUAGAUUAUUGUGCUGUUAAAUGUAAGACUGCAAAUGCAAGUUUUUGUUAUACAUUUGCAGCAUAUCUGAACAAAGCAGCAGAACGUUAUAAACAGUUUAUCCUUAAUUCAAUAUUGAGGCUCUACGCUGCUGGUUUGGUCGUUGUUAGCUGUAAUUUGAGGGCAAGAGCUGAAGAUCUUGUAUCCCCUGGCACUGCAAAAUUUGAAUGUUUGCUGGGAGUUUUACUUGAAAAUAUGAAAAUACUUCAGAGUUCACCACCUUUGCUCGGUUCCUUGCAUAUAUGCAGCAGAAGAAGUUGUUUGUCAUCCAGUGUUGAAGACCAACAAUUUGAUGGUCAUACAUGCACACAGUCAGUUUCUGAUUGUAAGGCUUCAAUGACUUACCUAUCAUUUUACACAGAAGCAUUGGACUUUAUAUGCCAACCACUUGCUAGUUCAAUAAAUUCAGAAAGGAAAGAAUUUGUAACUGGAAAGGAUGAUGCUUCUGCUUUGACUGUGCUUUCCACUGUUGGAGAUGCAUUUCAUGCUCUUUGUCAAUUUGUUCUUUAUGAUCCAAGUCUUAAAUUUGAAAAGAAUGAUGACAGAUUUAACGAGAAGAGUAGAACAGUGCCCUUGGUGACUUUGGCAGCUUUCACUCUUUCCAUCAGAACCAAUCUUAAACUCCAGGAGAGCACACAGUUGAUUAAGCAUAUCAUUGCUAGCAAGUGGGUUGAUACAGGACGGUUAAAAUACAUAAUUAAUCGUCUCCAUAAUAUAUUUUUAGUUUUCUACAGAAACAAGCAACUAAAAGAGGCUUCAAAGGUUCUAAACUUGUGCUGUAAAGCAUCAUGGCUCUUUAUUAAACGCCACUGUGGUAAUCUGUCAGAAGGUGCUCUAAAGGAGUUUGUAAAUGAUGAUUACACAAGAAGUGCCAGGCUUUUAGAUAUUCUCUAUGAAACUGACAAUCUGAAGACAAGAAAGAAAUUGAUUAAGAUCCUUAAAAACUGGUCCAUUGCUAAAGAUAUGUUCGAGAAGCUUCCAACUCCUAUACCUGUGGUGAAGCAAUGGGUGAAGAUAGAAUGCCAGCGUGUUAAGGAUGUUGAUGGGAGUGUUGAUUCUCCUAGCUUAUACAGUCUAUUGUUAUCUUCUAAAGAAUUGUCAAAGAGGAACAUUGGCACAAUCUUAGAGCAGGAGCUUACUGAGUACGAGUUGAUGAGUUAUUACUACCCAGAGUUCUGUCAGAAAAUGCAAAUCGAAAUCACGAAUAUACUCCUUCAAAAUAUAUAUAUCACGCCAAAUAGUUGCUUUCAAAAGGCACAAACUAUAGUCAGAAAAGGAAAGGCAUUAAGGUUUUGCGGCAUAGGUGGUCUCUCAGACUGCAUUCAGUGUUUGUCAGAAGCAAUCAUCAUUUUGAAGGAGAUUUCUGGUGAGAUGUGUACCAAUUCAAUUCCCAUUUAUAAUCAGCUGUGUGUUGCAUAUUGUCUACGUGCACUAUGUACCCAGGAAGCUGAACCCUCUUCACAGCAAAUUUUUGAAGAUGUCAAAGCUGCUUUGGAUCUAUGGUUGGGCAUCUCUUGUGUCGAUUGCUUUGAAGAGGGAGAAUGUUCUGCAUUGUCUGACAAUAUAACGAUUCUACUUUAUAACAUAAUUGAUUUAUCACACUUGAAGGGUUUCAUGGAUCUCUUAAAUGAUGCAUACCGGCUGGUGAUCAAAAUGUUCAAAUUAAAGAGUGUCUCAAUGGAGAAGUGGUUGACCUUAUUGUGGGAAAGUAGAAGGCUUAGUCACGCUCUCUGUGUUUCGCCUGUUAAUGAGGCAUUCAUCCUGAAUUCAUUGGAUGAUUUUAGCGACCUUUCAAAUAUUAAUUUCUGGAUACAUAAUCUUAAAGGAAACCAAUCCUCAUUAAUAGGGUUUCAGCAGAAUUUCUCUUUUUUGUUUGCAAGCUCUCAUAGGAGUUCUUGCGAUCAUGGUAGCUCGUUUCAAGUAGAAAUCUCAGUUGACGAAGUUCAAAAAGCUGCACUCAAACUGAUUUCAAAUGUUCCUGUUCCAAACCAUUGCACUUUUCUUGCUGGAUAUCUUUACAGUGAUUUGUGCGGAAGACUCAUUGCAAAUGGGCAGUUAAUAGAGGCUCUUUCAUUUGCAAAAGAAGCUCAUAGACUACAUGAUCAACUCUUCAAAGUGAAAUUUAGGCACAUUUUUCAGAAGCAUAAUGAAGAGAAUAAUAUAACAGUUGAUUUUUUGAAGAAUCUUAUGGAAGGCGUUGAUAAGAUCGAAGUGGACACGUCAGUUGUUAGGGAAAUUUUUCUAUUUGAUUCGAUAUCACGGGACUUACAAGACAAUUAUCUGAGUCCGUGGAAAAUUAUGCAGUCUUACCUCGAGAGCACUCUUCAGGUAGGAGCCAUCUAUGAAAUUAUCGGAGAUGGAAUUGAGGCUGAAACAUAUCUUCGAUGGGGGAAAGCAAUAUCUUGUUUACUUCAGUUGCCUUUGUUUAUAGUUGCUUUCUCUUCCCUCUUAGGAAAACUCUACGCUACGAAAAGACUUUGGGAUUCAGCAGAUAAGGAACUUCAAUUAGCUGAGCAGAUUUUGAAUGAUAACAGCACACCAUUUUGUUGCUCAAAGUGUAAAUUAAUACUUGAAGUUACUCUUCAUGGGUAUCUUGGAGAUUUGUGUCAAAGUAAAUUUAAUGCUUGUGAAGAGGGUGUUUCCGAAGAGACUGCAAAAAAUUGGUACACAUCAGCUCUGAAUAAAUUAACUCUUUCCGAAUGGAAAAACCCUCUGAGUUGUCCUGAAGAUGACAGUGAUGCAAUUGCAACAGAUGUAAAAUGUGCUGGUGGGAAGACUUGUACUUGCUCUUUAAUGAAUGAAGUGGGUGAGGAUGUAAAGAAAUCUACGAAAGUAGGGCCAGGAACCAAGAUUGGACCCAAACAAAAUAGGAAGUCUAAAAAUGUAGCUAAGGUUAUAUCAAAGGAACCAAACAUAGUAGUUGAGAAUCAAUCAAGGCUAACUCGUUCUAGAUAUCGAUCUAUACAGAACCAACAAACGAGCAUUUCUAGGAAGUUAGAAGUCAAUGAAAAUGUUGAAGGGAACCAAAUUUCUGGUCCAUCUGACAUGCUUAGUCGAAAGGAUUCAAUUUCGACGGAGAUUGGUUGCAGCAUUUCAUCAAAGAUAGGUGGCAGAGUUUCUUCAAAGUGUGCAGUAACAUGUCUUUUAUCUGAAAUGAAGUGUUGGAACUGCCUUCCAUCUGAAGUUCUGAAAUCUGGGUUAUUGAAUGAUUUUAUUAUUCUUAAAUGGGAGUUUGUUCGGAGGAAACUUUCAAUGAAGCUACUCACUCGAGUAGCGAAGUGUUUUGCAUAUCCUGAUCAAAACGAUGAAGCACAGAAAAUUCUUCUAAGAAGCAUGUCGUUUCUGUUUGGCAGAAACCCAUUCUGCCACACUUUUUCAUCAAUUCCUGUAGAUUCUUUUCACCAAUUGGUUGCAAAGGAGAUACCGGGAGAUGUAUUUGCUAUUGAGCGUGCUGAGAUAGUUUAUAGCAUAUGUUGGCAUUCUUUGAAAUGCUAUCAUUCAGAGUAUAUGAGGAACAUUUUUUGUAAUCUAUCUCACAUCAAGUUUGAAGACGUUGCUUCUUGGCUGAUGGUAGCUUUUGUACUCUCUCGUGAGGUUCCCGCAGUUUCUCAAAAGGUGUCUAUAUUACUCGCUGUGAUGUAUGUGGUUUCUUCCUCGAGUGAACAAUUUUUAAUGCCAUCUUUUAGCAAAGUUUUCGAUGAAAAUUAUUGGUCUUCGUACUUCCACCAAGCUUCCAUAGGAACUCAUCUUACUUAUCAGUUUCUUUCUCAUACAAGUGGGGGAUGCAAGGGUCCAUAUGUUACUGGAUCUUCUUCCAUCAGAGAAGUCGCAUUUGACUCACUAAGGAUUGCCCCUGAUUCCACUGUAGAUUUAGCAGAACAUGUGAAGAAUUUUUUUGCCCGUCUUCCACUCACAACCAUCAUCGGUAUAAGUUUGCUUGAUCGUGAAUAUACUAGUUUACUACAGGAGUUGUUGCUUUAUCCUGCAUGUGUUCGAGCAUGGAUGUUGGUUUCACGACUGAAUUUUAAGACUGAACCUGUUGUUAUUUUAUUGCCACUGGAUUCUAUUUUACAAGAUGAGGGUGAUCUGAGUACUGGUUCAGACUUUUUGCAAAUGUGUGAGAAACCUGGUAAAGUCUGGCGUUGUCCAUGGGGUGGUUCCACAAUGGUUGAUGACAUUGCACCAGCCUUCAAAACCAUUUUGAAAGAGAAUUACUCGUCGUCAACGUCUCUUUUUGAAACUACAGAACAGAAUAUGAGGCUAUGGUGGGAUUGGAGAAUCAAUGUUGAUCGUCGUCUUGCUAAGUUUUUGAGGAACCUUGAAGAUUUGUGGUUUGGUUCAUGGAAAUUCUUGCUUCUUGGAGAAUGGUCGAAUUGCAAUUUUUUUGACUCGGUGCUUAAAAAUCUAGUGAAUGAUCUAAGAUCUAAAUGCAAAUUGAAUGUAAAUGAGGGUCUUCUUAAAAUUAUUCUUGGUGGCUCUAAAUAUGUUUGUGAAGGAAAGUCAUUGCUUCCACAGCUAUGCUCAAAGAAGGACUGCUACAUUGCUAAAGGAGGCUACUGUGAUGGAGCAAAGAGUGGGAUAUUUUCAAACGUAGCCAAUAAAUUAAUGUCAUCAGAGGUUGCUUUUGAACUAUUAAAUGAAGCCUUAAAUGUGCUCGAAGUGGAUGACUCUAUGAAUAGAGAGCCUGUAAUUCUAGUGUUGGAUCCUGAGGUGCAGAUGCUCGCUUGGGAAAAUUUGCCUAUACUAAGGAAGCAGGAAGUUUACCGCAUGCCUUCCGUUAGCAGCAUCUCUUUUGUUCUUGAUAAAGGCAGCACCAGUAAGGAACCAGUGGGAAGAAAUUUGGCACCCUUUCCUUCUAUAGAUCCUCUCGAUGCUUUUUACUUGGUAAAUCCAGAUGGUGAUCUUGCUGGCACACAAAUUGAAUUUGAGAAAUUUUUUAGAGAUCAAAACCUUGAGGGAAAGGCAGGUUCCAAGCCCACCGUCAAAGAAUUGGCUUCUGCAUUGGAAAGUCACGAGCUUUUUAUAUAUUUUGGGCAUGGAAGUGGAGUACAGUACAUUUCCAGGCGUGAGAUUGAGAAACUACCGCAAUGUGGUGCUACACUUCUGAUGGGGUGCAGUAGUGGUUCAUUGACCCUAAAUGGGAGCUAUGCCCCACAGGGUGUUCCCCUGUCAUAUCUGCUGGCUGGUUCUCCAUCCAUUGUUGCCAACCUGUGGGAAGUAACAGACAAGGAUAUAGAUCGAUUUGGCAAGGCUAUGUUUGAUGCCUGGUUGAAAGAAAGGUCAAAAGUUGACAUUCAAUGCUUGCAGUGCAACUUAUUAUCUGAAGAACUAGAGGCCAUGAAUUUGAAGGGUGGCAAGGGUAGAGGAAAAAGAAAAGUCCCAAAGAAGAAAUCACUAGAGUUGCCUGAGAAUGAUUCACUUAGUACCAAGUGUAACCACAGACGCAAAAUUGGGGCUUUCAUGGGCCAGGCGCGUAAUGUUUGCAAACUUCCUUUUUUGAUAGGGGCAUCUCCCGUAUGUUACGGUGUUCCUACUGGAAUUUGGAGGAAAAAGGAUACUUAACCUUACCAACCCAACAUGAGGUCGCCUCCACAAUUAUAUGGGAACUUGGGGCAUCUCCCAUAUACUAUGUUGUUCCUAUGGCAUUGAAGUGCAUUAAAGAGGUUCAUCUACCACAAUUCAGCUAGUCAAGUCACUAAACAAGAACCCUUCAAUACUAACUCAUAACCUUGACCCCCCUGAAGAUGGGGCAUAGAGAUAGGGAUUUCAUUAUUCUGUAGAGAUUUGAAUCUUUUAGUUUACCUUCACCGCUGCUAAUUGAGCCUUGCAUUGGCUGUUCAUUAUUUGAUGAAUGACCUUUGUAUAAAUGUGUAACUGUAAGCUUUCUAGUUAGAAGAAACAUAUUAGCUAGUUCCUGUCGGGUCCGGGAAAAAGCUUUCUUGAUAAGUUCUUUUUUAUUUUAGAGGUGAACAUUCCAAAUAUUUUUUAUGGUGGAUUCUAAGGUGAGGGAGCAAUGAAGUCCCUCACCGGUGGACCACUUAUGUUAUACUAUCGGAUCUCUUAAAAGAAUUUAAAGGUUCGGAUUUGUUUGAAAA